GGGGAGCGCCGGGAGCGGGGCCGGGUCGGCCCAGCCGCUCCUCCGCCAAGCCCGGCACCUGCGGGACGGCACGAGAGGCACAUCUUCAUCUUUGACUACAGCAAAUUCAGUGAUGAAAACCCUGGCUCCCUUUCACUGGUAUGUGAAUUUAUGCCCAUGAAUAUUUAUGAGCUGAUGAAAGGAAGGAGAAAGCCAUUGCCUGGGAAAAAAAAAUCGGGAACAACAUGUAUCAGGUGGAUCUUACUCAGUUUGGCACAUACAGUUCCUUCAAGGAUAUUUAUUUCCUAACAAGUUCUUUGCUGUUAAACUUCUGGAGACAACUUACACUUCUCUGGCUAUUGGAUGAAUAGGCAAACUUGAGUUUUCCCAUCUGCUUUAUAGUUAAAACACACCCAGCUUUAAACUAUGAACUGGCAAGUAUGGUUUCUACUCUUAUUCCUCCUGCUAAAAUUCCAUAUUGAGAUUAUUUGUGUUCCGCUCACUUUUAAUUACUUGUUUAAUAUAGUAGGAAAAAUAUUUUUAUUAAAAGUUGUAUCUACAGUAGAGGUCUUAAGCUCCUUCCAGGUAAGUUAUUAGUAUCCAGUUUCUUACUAAAAUACUUUUAUUCUAUAUGGAAUAGAGUGUGGUAUGGGCAGUUCAAGCUUCUAGAUGAUUGCCCUAAUAGUAAAGAAGAGGCUGAAAAAAGAAAACCCACACACAUUUCCUGUAUACUGCUGGACUAUGAUUUGUGGCAGGGACAUACCCUGAUGUUGCAUAUUGCAAUUCUUUCCCUACUGGUUUUGUAUUUUUCCAGCUGAAGGAAAAAGGUCUUUUUAAGUUAUUGCAUAUUUUUUCAACUGUUUUAUUUUGACUCAGACCAUACGAAGCACUUAUAUAGAAGAAGUCUAUGGGGAGAUAACUACAAUAGUUUUCAGUGAUGAGGUUUAUCUGUAUUUUAACAGUUAAACCCACUAUGUUAAUAAAACAAACUUCUGAAAAAUAAUCCUGCUCAGUUUCAGUAUUUUCCCCAUUCUUCAUGUUUUAGAAGACAGGUAAGACUUGUAAACCACAGCUCCAUCUUGAAUAAAGUAGGGAAUUAAUUCCCAGCUUAUAAAUGGAUCUGGCAGUUCUCUACAAGCUGGCUGCAUUGCAAGGAUAAGACUUAGUUACAAGCUACUGCAGUUGCUUCUCCCCAAAUGUUCAUUCAUUUCCUGAAAACAAAUCACUUCUCAUGCCAAAAAAUGUCUUAAGUUUACUUGUAAUUUAAAAUAUUCUACCCAGCUUUAUUGUUGGAGAGCAGGAAGGGCAUUAACAUAUGCCCACGGAUACAGUAUGUGCACCACCAGGCAAGCUCAUGGUCCUGGGCAAGCAGCCUCCCUGUUCUGCUCUGCCUGCAGGAUCCUGCAAAUCCCAGUUGUGAACAUUGCUACGUAAGAUAAAGGGAAGCAUACAAUGGAUACUUCUAUUUUCUGUCAUUCCGGGGCUGGACAUGGUGGAUUAAUCUUUGCAGGAACUACUGAAAACAAGUUAAGUGGUGUGUUGACUGAUUAAAAAUGACAAAUGUUUAGACAAGCAGCAUUAACCUCUGCAAAUCUAUGGAUAUGUCUAUCCCCAUCACACUUACCAGGUUAGGACUGUUGAAUUAUAUAUAAGAUGCCUGAUGUAAGACAAACGAGUCUCAGAAAUGCUACUCCAGUAUGUUAACCCAAUUUCUGACUGACAGAAAGUGUGUACAGCUGCUGCUGUGGCAUCUUCCACUUCCCAACUUCAAAUGCACAGGACUACACGAUAACAACAUCCUUACCCCAUGAAGCUGCCUGUCUCUGAGAUUGCUGCUGUAUGAUGUAUUUAAACUGCAGGAUGUGUUUGGUUGGAGAUAAGCCAUUAAGAACAAGAACAGA